AUGGACGUGGAAACACUAGAAGGGGAUAAUAUCGAGGACGAGGAUGCAGAAGACAGUGAGGAUGUAGGUUUUGCGAGUGCGUGGCAGAGAGGGGACGGGGUGGCGCUGGCGAUACUGCGGUCGGUGUUCUCGUGGCUGGAGGGCGGGUCGCUGGUGCGGGCGGCGGGCGUGUGCCGCGCGUGGCGCCGCGCGGCCGCCGAGCCGGCGCUGUGGCGGCGCCGCCUGCUGCCGCGCGCCGCGCCGCCGCACCUGCGUGCGCUGCGCCGCGCCGCCGUCGCCGCGCAGCUGCACACAGAGUCGUCGUGGUCGGGCUGGUCAUGGCGGCGCGAGUACUGGCUGACGGCGGCGCGCUGGCGGCUGCAGUCGCGCGAGCUGGCGGCGGGCGGCGCCUGCGUCACGCACGCCGCACUCAGCCACGCCGCAGAUCGCAUCGCUGUCACCGCAGACGACGCUUCUUUCACUGUGUGGGAGCGCGUGGCGGCGGGCGGCGGGUGGCGCUGGGCGCGCGGCUGGGGCGGCAGCCUUCGCGCACGCGGCUGGGCGGCGGCGGGCGCGGCGCGCUGGGCGCCAGGCGACGCGCGGCUGCUGCUGGCCGGCCCACUCGCGCUGGCGGACCGCUGGGAGCUGCUCGUGCUGCGCUUCGACCAGAACGGUCGAGGAAUGACGGAGGUACGUGCGGAGUGCAGUUCAUGCGGUGGUUGCUGGGCAAGCGCUAACACCUUCGUGACACUGAUACCGCGCCUCCUAGCGCCCGCACGCGCUGUCACCACCGUGUGGCUCAACGCGGCCGAGCAGAAACUGCAGUCGGAGUACGCCGGUGUGACUGUGCCCGUACUGCGGAUAUACAACGAGGCAGCUGCGCAUAUUACGCACAUGUUGAUAGCAGAAGUACCUGCAGAAGAUUUAGAAAAGUUAGAGCAGAAAAAUUCUACAACUGUAGCUUCGGAAUCAGUAGAAGAACACACACUUGAGGAAGGAGAGGAUUGUCCAACGCCAGAGUAUUGGCAGGCCACGUUGCCGGUGCUGAAUGAGGUCGUAGCGCACGUCCUGGUGGCUGCGAUGGGCGCGGUGGGCGGCGAGCGUGGUGUGGCGCGGGCGCUGGGCGCCUGGGAACUGCGCGCGCUGGCGCUGCCACCGCUGUUCGCCACCGCCUCGCUGGCCGAGCGCGUGGCGCGCCGCCGCAGCCGUGCCGGGCCGCCGUCGCAAGAUGAGCCGCCGCCUAGCGAAGACGAGCUACGCGCGCUUUGUACGCCACCGCUAGUCACCUGCCGCCUGCGGAAUAGGGUACUCGGACUCCAAAUACACCCUAACGGCGGCUGCGUGUGGGCGAGCACUUGCGCGGGCGCGGAGUGCGUGUCACUACCAGCGCUGCGGCCGCUGAUGCGAGUGACCGCCGCCGCGAGUGCGCCUGUCUCUAGCCUGCCCUACGUAGUGCAGCCCGCUGCGUCCGACGACUACAUUGCCGCGCCAGCGGGCGACGGCUCGUGGAUGGUGCGCGUGUAUGCGGCGCGGUGA